AGCACACACAAUUGUGGCCAGCAGUAUUUCAGCCCAAUUUUAUCCCUUUACGUCAAUUGAGAGUGCUCUCCUUAUCUCCAAAGCACAAACAUAAUUUACACAAAUUAAAUUCAGAUGGUGGCGCUGAUUAAUUUCCAACCGAUCCACAGAGCAUAUCAUCAUACAGGUUUAUCAGUUUUUCCCGAUAACCCACGUUCUGCUAGCUAUAGACGACGGCGAUGGGACAGCGGUCGGGGUAACCGCACUCUCCGGUGUGGCAUUGCGGAGCCGUCGGGACAACCGGCACCGAUGGGGCAGAAGACGAAGUACAAUGAUGGGCUGUUUGAAAAGGUUUUCAUGAGUCUGUUUGCUCGGAAAAUGGAGAAAUUUGGGGGUCAAAAGGGGCGGUCGUCGGAGGUGAAGAGGAAAGGGUGGUUUGGGUAUGACUACGAAAGCUUUGUGGAGUUGUCCAGAAGAGUGAUGCAAGGAAGGAAUCGGCCGCAGCAGCAACAAGUGGUGCGGGAGGUGCUACUUUCCAUGCUUCCACCUGCUGCUCCGGCGCAGUUUAGGAAGUUGUUCCCACCAACAAAAUGGACAGCAGAGUUUAACGCAGCAAUAACAGCUCCUUUCUUCUACUGGUUAGUUGGACCAUCCGAGGUUGUAGAAGCGGAGGUGAACGGAGUGAAGCAAAAGAGUGGAGUACUAAUAAAGAAAUGCAGGUACCUGGAGAACAGUGGAUGUGUAGGAAUGUGUGUUAACAUGUGCAAACUUCCUACUCAAGACUUCUUCACCAAAGAAUUUGGACUUCCUUUAACUAUGAAUCCAAAUUUUGAAGAUAUGAGUUGUGAGAUGGUGUACGGGCAAGAACCACCUCCCUAUGAACAAGACCCGGUGGCCAAACAGCCUUGUUUAGCUGACAUUUGCUCUAUGGCCAACCCCAGGUCCAGUGUUUGUCAUAAACUACAAGCUUAACUCAAGUGGGAACAGAGUCUCAGGGGGCAAAGGGUUGGCAGUAGAAACCUCCCCACCUAAUUUUUUGUCAAUGCGUUAUACAUACAUAUAUAUGAUAUAUCUAUGCAUUUUUAUGUAUAGUUUUAACAAUACUUAUACGUCAUCACCUGGAAUCUCAAAGAGAUCAAUUUAAAGUUAUAAGUUGGGUGCCUUACUUAAACUCUAUCCUUGGUACUCCUAUUAAUUAACGUAAUGGUAAACAAAUUGUGUGCUUA